UCAGAGGAACCUUCCUGAUGUUUGUUUUCUGCACAAUGUUCUCCCUGGGGGUUCUGAUGUGGCUCACAAACAAACCAAUUAAUUCUCCAGAAUUAAAAACUUGUUUCACUAGAACAUCUCAUAGAGAACAGAACCGACGGGUUCCUUCGCGGAACACCCAGGAUGAUGAAGAACAGCCUCAGGUGGACGUGGUCAGCAGGUGAGCCAUGCCGCUGGUGAAGAGGAUCAUUGAGCCCAGGUACCUGUGCCGCGGCGCUCUGCCUGAAGGGGUCGCCAGUGAGCUGGAGUGCGUCACCAACAGCACGCUGGCUGCCGUCAUCAAGCAGCUGGGAGGACUCAGUCGUUAUGCAGAGGACAUCUUUGGUGAGCUCUUCGUUGAGGCUAACAGCUUCUACCAGAGGAUGAACAGCUUGCAGGACAGAGUGGACCAGCUGGCUGUGAAGGUCACUCAGCUGGACUCCACCGUGGAGGAAGUGUCGUUGCAGGACAUCAACAUGCGGAAAGCUUUCAGAAGCAGUACCAUUCAGGACCAGCAGGUGGUGUCACGGAGCUCCAUCCUCAACCCGGUGCUGGAGAUGUACCAUCGGUGUGAUAAACCACCCCCCCUCAACAUCCUGACACCUUAUAGAGAUGAUAAGAAGGACGGGCUGAAGUUCUACACCGACCCGUCUUACUUCUUCAGCCUGUGGAAGGAGAAGAUGCUGCAGGCCACUGAGAACAAACGCAAGGAGAAGAGGCGACACAAGGUUGGUUUAUCUCCUCUGCCGGGCGGUCCACCCGUCCAUCACAGGACUCCUCAUGUGAUGUCUGCCUGUGUUCAGGAGCAGAAGCAGGUGGAGGAGUCAGGACGCCAGGUGAAGAAGGUCCGGAAAGCUCGGAACCGACGGCAGGAAUGGAGCCUGAUGGCGUACGAUAAGGAGCUCCGCCCAGAUGCUCGGGUGACACCGUCACCUUACCACACCUCUGAUGGCUCCAUGUCACCUGACAGGUCCAGGAUGUCUGACGAGCCUUCCAGCCCCGGCGCUGAUGGCGAGGAGCCCGUUGCCAUGGUGACCGGUGUCAGCGGCCACACCCAGUCGCUGGACCGCGUCCUUCGGCCCACGUCAGCCUUCUCUGCCGCUGCCACCACCUCCGUCCGGCAGCACUCUCUGGGACGCAACCAGCCGCACCAUCACCAGGUGCCCCUCGCCGGCUCAGCCAAUCAGAACGCAGCGUGGAGCAAAGCAGCCAGUGACCAUCAGAUCCCCCCAGCACCACCUCCCCCCCCGCCUCUCAUGCAGUCAGCGGGACAAAAGGCCUUUCCCAGCGUCUCCGCCCACAGUGCUGCCGUGGCAACCCAGCUACAGCCUGCAGGUGCUCCUGGUAACCAAGGUGGCACAGGUGCAAUGUCCCGCCCCUACAGCCCCUCCCCUCCCCCUCCCCCUCCAGCUCAUUAUGUCCCCUCCCAAGCCCCGCCCCCAGCUGCUGCUGCUCCUCCAUUGGCUCCAACAAGUGACCACAGGAAGCCGUCGAACGUCCUGAACAUCCCGCUGAACGACGCCCGCAGCGACCUGCUGGCUGCCAUCCGCAGAGGGAUCCAGCUGAGGAAGGUUCAGGAGCAGCGAGAGCAGGAGGAGGCCAAGAAGAGAGAACCCGCAGGAAACGACGUGGCCACCAUCUUGUCCCGCCGCAUCGCAGUGGAGUACAGCGAAUCAGAGGAGGAGUCAGAACCGGAGGACCAGGGGUGGUCCGACUAAGGAAGUGGAACCGGGAUCCUCUGCUGACCCAAUUCCGCACGGAGCCGCUUCAUUUCCGUUCAUCUCAUUAUCUGAUAACCUCGAUGUGAAACAAGCUGCUUAUUUGUGAUGUUCUGAGUGGGACAUCAGAGCCUGGUGCUGUUCCAUAAACCCACAGCGCCCCCUGGAGUCAGAGCUGUCAUAGGCAGCACGGCCACUAGAGGGCUCCACCUGGUCCUCAGCUGAAUAUUUGGUCUUUGCCAGACUGGCCAGCAGGGGGCGCUCUUCCAGACGAAGCCGUUAAACUGCUGUAAAUAAUCCUGUCUGCUCUUCUUCUCUCUUGUAAAAACUUUAGUUUCACAAAUUUAGCAAAAUGUCUUAGGAAGUUUUAAAAGCUUCUUUAAAAGUUUAAUCCUCAUGUAUUUAGUUAUUCUUUUGAUGUGAAACAGCAGGUAACUGUGAAGGCCUCUUUUAUUUCUAACUCCCAUAUUUCUAUGGAAAGAUUUUAAUCAGAAUAUUUCUGUAAACAUUUCCUGGUGCCCGGCGUUGCUAUGGUGACUGGAUGCUGAAAUGUGGCGCUUCUUGUGACGUCAUCAUCCUGGAGUCAGCUGGUUACUUUCCGUGGGUGGGGCGUGUCCUCCGUGUCGUGUUUCUGGCUUUAUUGUGCCGUUUGCUGCGUCUUUGUGACUCGUAGGGAAUAAAAGCAGGAAGCGGGAUUGAAACUGAGAUCUGACUCAGUUUCCUCCAUGUUUGAGCUAAAAAACAGGAAAUUGUUCCUCAUUUGUUCUGCUGCUGAACAGGAAACAUAAUUUAACAUUUUCCCAUCCACUUUAUAAUUAAAGGUUCUGUGUGUUGAGUGUG